CACUCCUACUUUUACUGGAGGAUCCGUGUUUCACAGAGCGCUCGCUUGCUGCACGGGAGAGGAGACGGAUCUAGAGCUGCAGCCGUCGCCUGUUCAACAUUGUCAUUGUGCAGAGCGUAAACUGAAUUUGGACGCGUGUUUCUGAAACGGAAAUCAGGCCGAGGACGCGGCUGUGGAGCAACAAAAGCCAGCCAGCGAGCGGCGCGGCGCGAGGCGAGGGGACGCGCGCGCGCACAAAAGGCAACAGCACUCAGUUGACCGGGACGCACGGUUCAGGGUAAUAUUUUCUCGCAAGAUGGACAGCAUCGCCGCGGGAUACGAAACAGGAUCUUUAACCAGAGCGAGCACUUUGUCUUAGACCAGAGACAUUUCUGAGAACACAUGGAGUUUGGGACGUUAUUCUUUUUGGAUCGUUAAUGUUUUUUUUUGUAAAGCUGUUAAUGUAAGUGACCAUCACUCCGGAGAGUUAAACGUCAUGUACGCGAUUGUAUUUUAGCUUUAACUGACACAAAUUCACUUGAAUUUAUUUGCUUCAUUUUUUAUUGUUAUUAUUAUUAAAAUUAUUAUCAUUAUUAUUAUUAUUAUUAUUAUUAUUAUUACAAGAAUAGAAGGUGCGGGAAACGUACUCUUUUAUUCUUCUUAUCAUUCUUAUUAGUGGUAUGAGUGGUGUGACCUGUAAUCAUUUUCAACCCUCUUUAAUGAUACCACGUUAAUCCUGCCUAGGUCAGUCUAUUUAUUUAUUUUUUUUUAUAUGACUUUUGUGUCUAAAGAAUGUAUCUGCUUGAUGGGAAUUGUGUGGAGAGAAUGGAUCGGGGCACGCCGCAGAGGAAAACUGUUUACAGGAUCUCUCUUACCUUAGUGAAAAGGGAGAGCUUGCAAGAAGGCAGUAACGCUGCUCCGUUGCACAGACGGUUGGAGAACCCCAAGGUGAGCACAUAUCGUCGGGAAGGCUCGGUAGAAAUCCAGCGCAGUUGUCUCCUGGAACAGGUCAAAGAAGUGGAGGAUGAAACAGAUGAAUUGUCUUCACAGGCAUACAGGAACUUCAGAACGUUUAGCACUGGACAGCUGGAACUUGGCAGGUCAAAAAUCUCUCGAAAGGCACUUAAUUUGCGGAAAGAUAAUUCGAUGGACUCGAACGAAAUGCGCCCCAGGACAUCACCAGAAGAUGCUUGCAGCACUGAAUGGAUGGAAAAUGGUGCUCAGCUGCAGGGAAAUAAUGUGCACGCAAAGGCAACGAAUGAGCAUAAUGGAAUUAAAGAUGUUGAGACUGAGGGAAGCUGCAGAGCAGCAGCUGGCAAUGGGGAAAAUGUGGGUGUGAAAAUCGGACGAAUCCUCCAGACUUCCAGGAGCGCUGAAGAGCAGGUCAGCAGAUGUGGUGCUGAGGAUCAGGCAUCUGAAGAGGGUGGCGGUCUUCCCAAGGACAACAGCAUUGCUUCUUUGCUUGCCAAAGGGAACGGAAGUGCCACCAAGCAAGCGCCCCAGACCCCGCCGGCCAAGAGGCACCCGAGCUUGCUACGUCGGAGUUUCAGCUUUCGCCACUGGGCAGGAGGAGAGCUGCUGCGGCUCCGAGCGCUCUCCAAAGAGAAGCAUCACAGCAGCUCUGGCUGCAUUGGCCGUGAUGAGGCCCAGACUCCUCGGUCCUCUGUAGUCUUGCAGAACCCAGCCGCCGAGGAGUCCGAGAAGGGCAGCGCUCUAGAUGCGGACGAGGUUCUCAUUCAGGUGGACUCUUUGAAAGAACCCAGUCGCAAGGACCGUGCCAAGGGCAAAAACCGCACACUGGACAACAGUGAUCUACUCAGGCUCUCUGAGAAGCCCCUGGUGGAGAAAGAAAGCUUUCUCAGAACGGCUGGCCUUCGCUCCAGCGGCCAGGAGCGGAGGCUUCUUCGCUUCUUCAGUGGGAUCUUCUUAAAGAAGGACAGUACCUCCACACCAGUGAGCAGCCCCAGCAGUCGUUCCCUUCGAAAGAAUGGCCUGAUGAGUGCCCAGAGGAGGGCCAUCAAGGGCUACUCGCAGUCCAGCACUGAGAGUGUGAACGGCUUCCUGCGGGACGAUGCCUUCGUGAACAGCCAGGAAUGGACCCUGAGUCGCUCGGUACCGGACCUCAAAGUGGGUAUCGUGGGGAACUUGGCCAGUGGGAAGUCUGCUCUGGUGCACAGGUAUCUGACGGGGACGUAUGUUCAGGAAGAGAGCCCAGAAGCUGACGUGGAUGCAGGUGGACGCUUUAAAAAGGAGAUAGUGGUGGACGGGCAGAGCUAUCUCCUCCUUAUCAGGGAUGAAGGGGGCCCUCCGGAGGCUCAGUUUGCGUUGUGGGUGGACGCAGUGAUAUUUGUCUUUAGUCUAGAGGAUGAGAUCAGCUUUCAGACCGUGUAUCACUACUACAGCCGCAUGGCAAACUACCGCAACACUGCUGAUGUGCCCCUGGUGCUAGUGGGAACUCAGGAUGCUAUAAGUGCAGCUAACCCUCGCGUUAUCGAUGAUGCUCGAGCACGCAAGCUCUCCAAUGACCUGAAGAGAUGCACAUACUACGAAACCUGUGCCACCUACGGCCUUAACGUGGAGCGUGUCUUUCAGGAUGUGGCUCAGAAAAUUGUUGCAAACCGGAAGAAGCAGCAGUUAUCGAUUGGGCCUUGCAAGUCCCUCCCCAACUCUCCCAGCCACUCCUCUGUGUGUGCAGCACCCGUCACAGCAGUGCACAUAGCUCAGACCAGUAAUGGAGGAGGCAGCCUGAGCGAUUACUCCUCCUCUGUACCCUCCACUCCCAGCACAAGCCAGAAGGAGCUCCGCAUCGACGUGCCUCAGACGGCCAACACGCCGACCCCAGUGCGCAAGCAGUCCAAACGUCGCUCCAACCUGUUCACGUCUCGCAAGGCGAGCGAACCAGACAAGGAGAAGAAAGGACUGGAGGGCCGAGCGGACAGUAUCGGAAGCGGCCGCGCAAUCCCAAUUAAGCAGGGAAUGCUCAUGAAGAGGAGCGGCAAGUCACUGAACAAAGAGUGGAAGAAGAAAUACGUCACCCUUUGCGACAAUGGAGUUCUGACCUACCACCCCAGCCUGCAUGACUACAUGCAGAAUGUACAUGGGAAAGAGAUCGACCUGCUGCGCACUACAGUCAAGGUCCCAGGCAAAAGACCCCCGAGGGCCAUCUCUACCUGCGCAGCCUCCGGCCCCAAAACAAACGGCCUCACCAAGGACAUGAGCAACUUACAGCUAGCACAAGCUCCAGGCUCUGUGAGCAGUAGCUCAUCAGCAUCUCAGAUGGCGAGUGGUAUCAGUCUGGUAUCUUUCAACAGCCGGCCGGACGGCAUGCACCAGCGCUCCUACUCCGUGUCCAGCGCCGACCAGUGGAGCGACGCCACCGUCAUCGCCAACUCAGGGGUCAGCACAGAUACUGGUCUGGGAGACUCGGUUUGCUCCAGUCCCAGUAUAUCCAGCACUACCAGUCCUAAAAUGGACCCUCCUCCAUCACCACACGCCAACCGCAAGAAACACCGCCGGAAGAAGAGCACCAGCAAUUUCAAAGCUGAUGUCUUCUCCGGUACAGCGGAAGAGCAAGAGGAGAAUUUUGAGUUCAUCAUCGUGUCAUUGACGGGUCAGACAUGGCACUUUGAAGCCACUUCAUAUGAGGAACGUGACGCGUGGGUGCAGGCCAUCGAGAGCCAGAUCCUGGCCAGUCUGCAGUCCUGUGAGAGCAGCAAGCAGAAGUCACGUCUGACCAGCCAGUCUGAAGCAAUUGCACUGCAGUCAGUUAGGAAUAUGAGAGGAAACUCUCGCUGCGUCGACUGCGAGGCCCAAAACCCUGACUGGGCCAGCCUGAACCUCGGAGCUCUCAUCUGUAUCGAGUGUUCGGGUAUCCACCGGAAUCUCGGCACUCACCUGUCCCGUGUGCGCUCUCUCGACCUGGACGAGUGGCCUCUCGAGCUCAUCAAGGUCAUGUCUGCCAUCGGCAAUGACCUCGCCAAUACAGUGUGGGAGGCCAACGCACAGGGCCGAUUAAAGCUUGCACCUGAUGCCAGCAGGGAGGAACGUGAACGCUGGAUCCGGGCCAAGUACGAGCAGAAGCUGUUUGUGGCGUCUCUGCCAUGUGUGGAUCUGACUCUAGGCCAACAGCUGCUGCGUGCUACCGCUGAAGAGGACCUGCGCUUAGUGGUGCUGCUGCUGGCUCACGGCUCGCGAGAUGAGGUGAACGAGACGUGCGGUGAGGGAGAUGGCCGCACUGCACUGCAUCUGGCCUGCCGCAAGGGCAAUGUGGUGAUCACUCAGCUCCUCAUCUGGUACGGGGUGGACAUCAUGGCACGUGAUGCCCACGGCAACACAGCGCUGGCAUAUGCACGCCAAGCCAACAGUCAGGAGUGUGUGGAUGUGUUACUGCAGUAUGGCUGCCCAGAUGAGCGCUACCCACUCAUGGCCACGCCCAACCUCUCACGCAGAAACAACAACCGCAACAACAGCUGCAGCAGCACGGGGAGCACCGCCCUCAUCUGACACACACACACACACGCUUAUCCUGCAUACUCAGAAUUAAACUCAAAUACACAUCCAUUUGCCUACACUUACCCUCACACUAACAUAAACACACACAGCUCUUCCUCCUCUUAGCUAGACACAGAUUUAGAAUCAUGAAAGAAGUACGUACUACACUCACGGGGACGACUGACCAUGAUGAUGAAGAUGAUAAAACACUAACAGAACCACUGAGUUUGCACUCGCACUGCCUCGCACCACCACUAGCUUGUCUUGAGGGAGUUAGUCCUCCUAUUCUACCUGCCUUGCCAAUCACACAGUCACUCCUACGUCAGGUGACCUGCGUCAGGAUAACGUACCGCCGCCAGUCUUCUGGCUGCAUGUCAGCAACGUGAUGGCCAAAUAAACUGUCUGAACCUGCUGCUGCCUCCGUCCACAAAUGCUGCAAGAUGCAUGAUUGGAGAUGAAGAACAGAAAACCGGGAGCUUACUGAAUGGCAGGUGACUUAUCAAAGCAACUUGGUCCUCGUGUCCUCUUUCUGUGCGGCUGCUUGCGUGACUGAAAUGGACAGGAUGUGACGCUGGAUCAGUCCCAGAGAUCCUAGAGAACUUUAGCAGUGCUUUCCUGCUUGGUGCUUUUGAAUGCACAUGUUCUGUGAUCCUUUUGCCCUCUGCCACCCUUUCAGUCAGAUGUUUAGUACAUUUGUGUGAAUUUCUGCCAUUUGUACAAUUUAUUUUCUUCUUUUUUUAAGUAAUGUGAAAAGACAAUGUCUCAAAAGACAAGUCUCAGACCUUUUCGGAAAACAUCCAAAUACCGCAAGAUAUUGUGAUAACAUGAAGAGGCUUGUAAAAGAAUAUUUCUUUCUUUUUUUUCCUUGGAAUUUUGAUAGCGGGUUGUACGAAGUUCAUUGGGCAUUUGUGGACCAUGUGAAAAAUCUAAUCUGUCUGUGUGAAUGGCUUACACUAGCUUUGUGCUCAUAACGUUUAUUAUUCCAUUGUCUUCUAUACAGAACUAAAGGGAAUUUCCUACCUGAUUAAUAGUUUUUUCUUCUCGGCUGCGAGCCGACUGCAUGCUUCUUUUUUCCCACUGCAAACGUUCAGGUCUUGGUCAGUUGAUGUGAUGACGGUCACGAAAGUGAUGAGCUUCUGACUCCAUUCUCUGAAGUGCUAGUCACAAACAACAGUGUGUGUGUGUGCGUGUGUGUACGCUAGAGAUGGCAAAGAGUCCUUCUUAUUCACGUUAGCCAUAUUGAUAUUGAUCAAUUCAGACUUGUUUCCAAAUGAAACAGCAUGCAGAGUGGAGCAGGCUCUGACCUCACAGGCUCGUCAAUAUCAAAUGCGCAGCGUCUGCAUUUCUCCCAUGCUUUAUGAUGGAAACAUUAGUGAGGGGAGAGCCUGCAGCCUCAUUUAGCUGUUCUUACUCAAUAUUAGGUGCUCAGGAGAAGCAGGAGAACACUCCUCUGUAUGCUACAUACUUAUUAAUGCCAGAGACUCUUGUGUGUGUGUGUGAGGGUGAGUGAGUGAGUAUGAGCGAGCACAGGAUCAUUUGUCAGCAUUGCUUGAAAUGUCCAUACAUUACCCACUCAUUACUUGCUGAGGCCUUGGAGUGCAGAGCCCUGUUCGGCUCAGUGAAGAGAUGGCUCGUCUUUUCCUGCGCUGUAUCCUUUUCAUCGUUUUCACUCUAUCACUUUGUCUUUUAUAAAAUCUCUUUGGUGGAAAACUUGGUAAAAAUGAAGAGAAUAUGUUUUUUCCCUGAAAAAGGCCUUUUAAUGUUCUAGCCUGACUGACCUUGGGCUUGAUGCCAGGUUGUGUCAAAUGAUCAUGCAAGUGUCUGUGUGAGAGUGUGUGUGUGUGUGUGUGUGUGAGAGAGAGUGUGUAUUUACUAGUUCUUUCUAAGUAUCUCUCUAAUCUUUCUCUCUUUCCUGAGUGUCGUUCUUGAUGUCUUGAACUUUCUGUCUCCACUCAUGUGUUUGUGCUGUACAGGCUCGAGCCCAGACUCACCUGUAUUUAAGCAAUACUAAGCCAGAUGAAAGCCAGGCAACUAUCUGAAGUAAUAAUUUUCCACACCAGUAUUGGCUGUUGUGUGGCUCUGAGAAAUGUAAGACUCUGUUUCAGGUCAUAUGUCAUUACGGACGUCGUGUACAGAAACAUGACGCCACUAGCUUUAGGGUUUGUCAUUAAGCAGGUAACACAAGUCUUUAGUCUGCAACACUAAACUCGUAGGAAGGGUGUUUGACCUGCCAGGGAUGCUUUAUGCAUGGUUUUAGGACCGUGUAGGGACGAGGCCUCGUCUCAAAAACUUCAGUGCCUUGCAGAGGGCACUGUGGCGUGAGACGCGGGUCAAAGAGAGUGUACAGAGUUUAUUGAAAGAGCUAAGAUGUAAAGUGUUUGUAUAUAAUGUAGCGGAUCUGUAGAGGUCUUGGCACCAUACACAGUUAUUUAUAACAUAAUGCUUUAAAGCACACACACACCCCCAUCGAUUCUAAUAACCCACCCACACUGUCAUGCCCACUUCAUGUCCUUUCUGUGAAAGCCUGUUUUUUUUUUGGUUUCUGACCCUUUUUGCAUGCAUGAAUGUAAAUUUCCUCCUAAAUGACUGACACAUUUUAACUGAUACCUUUUCUGAUACUCAUCACCUUUCUGUUGCUCUUUUAUGAUCGGGAAAGUAACAUUCGAGUAGCGUUCCAUUUCACUCAUCUUGUGUCUGUAUGUUAUUAAACCAGUAAAGAAUGAAGGAGUCACACCACCACUGACUUAACAAUAGCGCAAGAGCAACCAAAGCAGACGAGCAAUCGCGGGUUUAUACGUCCGUUUAAAGCUGCUUACAUGCGUCCAUGAUUUUAGACCAGUAUCUGCUUGCCAUGUAGCUGUCACUUUGUGUACAUAGCUGUAAAAAAAUGCAAAACUUCAUGUUUUUUGCUUCGAUGUUGUUGUUGUUUUGUUUUUUUUUGUUUUUUUUGUUACCUCAUUUUGUCGACAGUAUCUUUGAUGCAUCCGAACCCGAGAGACCUGAUUAUUUAUGAGCGAAUAUGCUAAUCUAAAAGGGGAGGGGCUCUCACACUACUUUACUUUUUUUGUAUUACUUUUUCUUUUACAGACCAUUUGCAUCACAGUUAUGUCAUUCUGAUCGAUUGUCCCUGUUGUACAUGUAAUUAUUAUUGUUAUUAUUAUUUUAUUGAGUUUGUGUCAGCUGUACAGUUUUGUGUUGGAAAAUUAUACCUGAUGCAGAGUCUUAUACUGUAAUGUGUCUCCUUUCAAUAAAGAAAAUUACUUCGUAAUAUA